GAAUCUCGCCAUCUCAUUGAAGCAAUUGACCGGUUCUGUUCUUUAUACAACAAAAAAAUUGUAACCAUGUCUACAUUAUUUUCUCUCAAGGGGAAGGUCGCAUUGAUUACCGGGGCCACAAACGGAAUUGGGCUCGGAAUGGCCAAGGGGCUCGCUGAGGCGGAAAUUGAUCAAAUCAUUUUAACAUACCGAUCUGAGGGCCCGCUUGAACGUGCCACCAAUGUAUUGAAAGAAAUCAACCCAAAGGUCGUCAUCAGUGCUGUUCAUGCCGACUUGGGGGCAGGCACGGAAGAUGAGGUGGUGGAUAAAAUUGUCACUGAGGCAUACGCCGUGGCACAAUCCGGGGUCAUUGAUAUUUUAAUCAAUAACGCCGGGAUCAAUAACCGUCACCCUUUUGAAGCAUUCCCAGCGGCAGAUUUCGCGGAAGUGUUGCGAAUCAAUUUGCAAAUCCCAAUAAAGCUCACACAAAGGGUCGGAACACAAAUGCUCAAAACGAAAACCGAGGGUCGUGUCGUGUUCACGGCCUCUCUUAUGUCCUUCCAAGGUGGUAUGAAUGCCACCGCCUAUGCGGUCACCAAGGGGGGGAUCAACCAAUUCACCAAGGCACUUCUGAACGAAUGGUCUCUGAAGGGGAUUCGGAUCAACUCCAUUGCCCCGGGAUACAUCGACACGAACCUCACGGGCACCAUGGACCCACAGCAUCGUGCCACCAUCUUGCCCCGGAUUCCCAUUGGCAGAUGGGGUGAAAUUGACGAUUUCAAGGGUCCUAUCGUGUUCUUGACCCUGGACGCCAGUAGGUAUGUGACAGGUGAGACCUUGUUGGUGGAUGGUGGUUGGAUGGGCCGUUAAGCCAACUUGGUUAGUGAGAAUCUAGAUAAGGAGAAUAUAUGACAGCCACC